AUGGAGGGAUCCGCCACCAAAGUUCCGGAAUUGAACGAUUGUGAUGCUGCACAGAUUCGAAAAACCAGUAGUAGCAUCGUGAGCAGGAUGUACGUUGAGGGAUACGACACUUCGAAAUCUGGCUAUGAUUUGGUUACGUCUAUGAAAGAACAUUUCGCUUCAUGUGGAGAUGUGUUGCACGUUUAUAUUCCCGGAUACUCUCAAGGCACUACCCUCAACAGAUUUGCCUUAAUGUAUCUUCGUGGAGAAGGUGCAGAGGAGAAGGCGAUGAUACUUGACGGGAUUUGCAUGGGAGGACACAAGUUGGUCGUGGAGCCUUACCCGUUUCAUGCCACACACCUUGACCACAAGUUUGCUCCUACGAGAGACGCAGACAAUAAGAAAGUUCACACGAUGUCUGUUGAUGGAUUUGACACUUCGCUUCCCUUGGAGCAUGCCAAGAGCAUGCUGUAUCAAGAACUCACUAAAUGUGGUGGAGAUGGAAGUGUCGAGAGAGUAACUUUGUGCGAAAAAGAAGAAGGCAAAGGUGUUCUGUGCAGUAGCGCUGUUGUUCAUGUUAGGGGAAUAGACGCAGUAGAGAGGUUGCUUCGACUUUGUGGAUGUGAUCGAAAAGGAUUGGAGGAUAUUAAAGUUUAUCGGGUUGCUCCUCCACAACGAGUAAUACGGAUCCAUUUCGAUCCCAAGCGUUUUCCCCCCUCUUCCAGGACUAGGGUACGUCAUGAGGAUCCAGGUCUCCCUAAGCCGCCAUGUCUGAGUGAACUUCACCCUCCUGCAUGUAAAGGUCGUGUUUUCAAUACACAGACACGAGCUUCCUCAAGCCGUUACGCACCAGAGGAUCCAACUCUCCCUGAGCCAUGGAAAGGUCUUGUGGAUAAUAGCACUGGGUAUGGCUACUUUUGGAAUACAGACACUAAUGUUACCCAGUGGAAGAGACCAUCUUGA